AUGGACCUUUCUGCUUUCUACAACAUUGUGGCCGGCGAGCUGCGAGGCUCCGAGAAUACCACAACGCCCCGUACCGCAGCCUCUCUCCCAGCAUGCCCAGCGGCUAUUGCAAGCGACGUCGAGGAUAGCGUUGCUGCAGCGCAGAAAGCUUUCCCAGCAUGGGCCGGGGAAUCCUACGAAACAAGGACCAAGUUGCUAGAAAAGUUUGCAGAUCUGUAUCUUUCUCAUGGACAAGAGUUCUGUACUCUUCUGGCUGCAGAGACUGGGCGAACGGCUGAAAAUGCGGCUGUAGAGGUCUAUUGGGCUGCGCAGUGGCUCCGAUAUCCUUCCAAGUACAAGAUUCCAGAGGAGAGGAUUGAGGACGAUAAAAAAGUGACCAUUGUCACCCAUGAGCCUCUCGGCUUGGUAGCUGCUAUAUGCCCGUGGAAUUCCAUCGGAAAGCUUGCACCAGCUGUAGCAACGGGAAACUGUGUUAUUUUAAAACCAUCGCCAUUCGCCCCGUAUACAUGCCUCAAACUGGUAGAACUAGCCCAACAAAUCUUCCCACCAUCCGUAAUGCAGGUUCUGAAUGGAGACAACAAUCUUGGGUCUCUACUAGUCAAACAUCCUGGCAUCGUCAAAAUCUCUUUUACCGGGUCUACAAAUACCGGCAGACAGAUUUUAAGAGAUGCCGCACCCGAGAUGAAGCGUGUAACGCUUGAGACAGCCGGCAAUAAUGCUGCCAUUAUCCUUCCAGACGUGGACAUCAAGAGCACCUGUGACCAACUGGCUGGAAGUCUGUGGUUCAACGCAGGCCAGGUCUGUAUCGCCCCUCGACGACUCUACAUCCAUCAAGACAUAUUUGAAGAGUUCGUACAGGAGCUUGCGACGGUGAGCGCCGAAGCGGCAAUGGAAUGGCGCUCCAAAAUCGGGCCACUGCAGAACAAGCCUCACUUUGAGAAGAUAAGGACAUGUCUUGCCGAUGCGGAGGCGAGCGGCGAGAAGUUUGCAAUCGGUGGCUCGGUCGCAUGCGAUGAGGGUGCCAUGUACGUCCACCCUGCCAUCAUUGUGAAUCCUUCGCCUAGCUCUCGACUCGUCCAAGAGGAGACAUUCGGGCCUGUCGUCACUUGCCACGGGUAUUCUACCAUGGAAGAAGCCGUGAAAGCUGCUAAUGCCGUGGAGACGGGCCUGUCCGCUACUGUCUGGGGCAAAGACUUGGGCUUAACUGCACGCAUUGCUAAGCAACUUGAUGUGGGCAAUGUCUUCAUCAACGGUCCUCCUCAACCGGAUCCUUGUGUGCCUUUUGGCGGCCACAAGAAGAGCGGACUUGGGGUGGAAUAUGGGAUGGAGGGCUUGCUGUCAUUCUGCCAGACCAAAUCCAUUUACAUGUACAAGUAG